AUGCCGGCAGGUAUUGCUGCUUUCCUACAGCCUGAUACAAUUGUCUUGGAGGCCAAAAUGAUUAUUUGCGGGCAGUGCACCAAGCAAGCUGAAAGCCGAGGCCGCAAGUUCCAUCCCUUCACUAAAGUAAAAAUUGUCAUUGAGGAUGCCAAGUGCUGUCUAAUGAAUAACUUGGCCUUGACAGCUAAGAAAUACCUUGGGAGUGGAGCGACUGCAGUGGUGCAGGCAGCCUUCUGCAUUCCAAAGAAGGAGAAGGUGGCAAUUAAACGGAUCAAUCUUGAGAAGUGUCAGACGAGCAUGGAUGAACUCCUGAAAGAAAUUCAAGCCAUGAGUCAGUGCCAUCACCCUAACAUUGUAUCUUACUACACAUCGUUCGUGGUGAAAGAUGAGCUUUGGCUGGUGAUGAAGUUACUUAGUGGAGGCUCUGUUUUGGAUAUUAUAAAGCACAUUGUGGCCAAAGGAGAACACAAGACCGGUGUCCUGGAUGAACCCUGUAUAGCCACGAUCCUUAAGGAGGUGCUGGAGGGGCUGGACUACCUGCAUAAAAAUGGACAAAUCCACAGGGAUGUGAAAGCAGGAAAUAUUCUUCUUGGAGAAGAUGGCUCAGUGCAAAUUGCAGACUUUGGCGUUAGCGCGUUUCUGGCCACUGGUGGUGACAUUACCAGAAAUAAAGUCAGGAAAACUUUUGUGGGCACACCUUGCUGGAUGGCACCAGAAGUUAUGGAACAGGUCAGAGGAUACGAUUUCAAGGCAGACAUCUGGAGCUUUGGGAUCACUGCUAUCGAACUGGCUACAGGGGCAGCUCCUUACCAUAAAUCCCCGCCAAUGAAGGUUUUAAUGCUGACGCUACAAAAUGAUCCUCCAUCUUUGGAAACUGGUGUGCAAGAUAAGGAAAUGCUGAAGAAGUAUGGGAAAUCAUUUAGGAAGAUGAUUUCAUCGUGCCUACAAAAAGACCCCGAAAAAAGACCGACAGCAGCAGAACUCUUACGACACAAAUUUUUCACGAAAGCAAAGAAUAAAGAAUUUUUACAAGAGAAGAUGUUGCAGAGAGCACCAACAAUCACCGAAAGAUCCAAAAAGGUCCGGAGAGUCCCAGGUUCCAGUGGACGUCUUCAUAAGACUGAAGAUGGUGGCUGGGAAUGGAGUGAUGAUGAGCUAGAUGAAGAAAGUGAGGAAGGCAGAGCAGCAAUUUCACAGCUCAGGUCUCCCAGAGUGAAAGAACCUGUACAGAAUUCCGAGCUAUUCCCAUCAGCUGAGCCGCCAGGUCCUUCACUCAAUGCUCCAGCACAGGCACCUACUCAACUACCUCAGGCUGCAGGACAAGCACCUGCACAACCUCAAACUGCUGUACCUCCACCUAGUCAGGCUCCUCCAGCAGCCCCAGCAGCAGCCCAGGCCCCACCUGCCCCUGCUACAGCUCCGGUACAGGAAGAUACGAAAGUCCCCAUCAGCCUUGUACUAAGGUUAAGGAAUUCAAAAAAAGAGCUCAAUGAUAUUCGAUUUGAAUUUACCCCAGGAAGAGAUACUGCUGACGGUGUGUCUCAAGAACUCAUUUCAGCAGGUCUUGUUGAUGGCAGAGAUCUGGUAAUAGUUGCAGCUAAUUUGCAGAAAAUUGUGGAAGAGCCCCAAGCAAACAGAUCCGUCACUUUCAAACUGGCAUCUGGUGUCGAAGGCUCAGAUAUUCCUGAUGAUGGCAAACUUAUAGGAUUUGCACAGCUCAGCAUCAGCUAAACAAUGGUCCCAGGAGAUGUUUCCCAACUGAGAACCCACAUGUGCAUAUUCGUAAUGCUUCUGUUAGCCUAAAAAAAAAAAAACCACUACUGCCAAAGAAUUGAACUACAGCCCCCUUCCUAGAAGCUUUAACAUUUUCCUUAAUAGGAUCACAAACCUUCCUGAAAUUACCGAUGGCGUUUACACCUUUUGUAAACAAUUCUCAUGGUUUUGUAUCUGUCAUCUCAAACAUGCAGACCCAACACAUCAUUGCCUGCAUGUUCAUUUUAUUAUUGCCUUACUUUAAAGAAAAAUACUACUGAGUACGAAGCAGGGGGUUCCACUGCUCUGAUGAUCUUGCCUAAAUGUUUGCUUACAUGUGGUUUCAUUUUUUUCACUUGCUAUUUUUGCACAAGUUUUAAUACUGAACAGAUCUUUUUUGUUCUUUACCUGCUUCUCCUUCCAUCUGAAACACCAAUGUACAUGUCGUUUGGGUCACCUGGAGUGCUGAGAAAUCUGCUUCUCUUCGGCUGUGUUUUUUUUUUUUUUUUAAAACUGCUGGUUUGAAUGCUUGCACCUGAGAAAAAGCAAGCCAAGUCUUAACCCACGGGAGGGAGAGCUGCCUUCCCUUGUGUCUGUGUUUUUGAGAAGUUCCUUGACUUUGAGGUGUUAGAAGUCAGCUUCCCUUUGUAAACUGC